UCACUCUGUGUCUCAAUCUCUCUCUCUCUCUCUCUCUCUCUCUCUCUCUCACAUUCUUUCAUUCUCUUUGUCUCUUUCAUUCCCUCUCUCUCCUUUUACUCCUCUUUCUGUGUCGAUAUCAUUCCUUGAAGCAGAUGGAUCUUUCUGGGAAAAGAGUUUCAGUUUCAGGUGAAGGGAGAAGCUGCAACGGUGGUGGUGCUGGUGGCAGCAGCAACCUUCAGCUUGUCCCUUAUUCAGAAAGCAAAAAGGUUUGCCCUUUCUGCCAGCGUGAAUUCAAGUGCGGAAGAUCCUUGGGAGGGCACAUCAAAGUGCACAAGAAGAACCGCAGAAGCACCAAAUUCACCCACAAGAAGAAGAGCAGCACAAGGAGGUUGAGAUCCUCUUCAGCGCUAACAACCCCAACACCCUUGAAUGUUGUAAGAGGUGAUGAGAUGGUAGCACCACUCAGAAUUCUUGAAAGCGGUGCAAGGGGUGGUGAAGAAGAAGCACUGAGAAUCGAUGAAAGCGGUGCAAGGGGUGGCGAAGAAGAAGCACUGAGAAUCGAUGAAAGCGGUGGAAGUGGGGCUGAGAUCCACGACAUGUCGAAGUCCUUGGUGGGGUGCGGAUGGAAGAGAAAGGGAAGGAGGGGCAGCAACGACGACACGAGCAAGUUGAUGAGAUGGAAUCGUUAUCCUUACUCCGAUGAUGAUGAGUACGAGGAAUGUGAUGUGGAAGAUUCGUGUGAUGAGGAUGACUACGAUAACAUCAAGUUGAGGAAAUGGUUAAGGAGUCGAGGGUACGCAACAGGUGCCCAUAAGAUCUGUUGGACUAGGAGAAUGUUGAUGUGCAAAGUGUGCAAUCAGUAUUUUAGAACUCUGUCUGCAGUGAUGAGUCAUGUGGAUGAGUGUGCCCUAACCAACAGUGAUGAUCAAGUUGUUGUUGAUAACGGUGUCGGAGUUGGCGAAAUGCCCGAGGAUGCUCCAGUGACAAAAGACAAUGGAGUUUCUUCCUCUUCUUCUGUACAACAAAAACAGCAUGCAUCAACUUCAACUCAUGCUGCUGCUCCAACAAAAGAUCUUCAAUUGGAUCUCAAUGAAAUGCCUCCUCCUGAGGAUGAUUGAAUCUAUAUGUACAAUAAUACAUACACGUUAACUUUCAUUUUUUCUAUAAUUA